AAAACAAUGAUAAGCACAAAGUAAUCCAGCAGAACAGAAGGUCAUAACAAAUAUUGUUCAACAGAAUCCUCUUUCUGUCCUGUUAGCUUUUGUUUUUUCUACGUCAAAAUGGGUGGUGGGGGUGGUCAUGCACCUCACGAAGUUCCUGACUGGAGAACAUUUAAAGCUGAAGGUAUCCCAGAGCUUGAACGACUUCAGAAAAGGCUUGCAGCUCGAGGCCUCAAGGAUCCAUGGAUAAGAAAUGAAGCUUGGCGUUACACACCAGAGAAUGGUGGGAAUGUCACUUGGGGUAAAAUGGCUAUCCAGAAAACUUUUCGUGGUUUUGGUCUUGCUGUUGCUGCUAUGGCUGUCACAAUAGUCUUCAAAAAAUUAACAGGCUUAGAAGGGGACCAUGGACAUCAUUGAUUUUUUUUUCUGAUUUUUCUAAUGUUUAUUUGUAUUUAAAAUGAUAAAAUCAGUGCACUUAUAUUCAGUAAUUGUUUGUAUAUAUAGAUUGAAAAAAAGUCAGGCAUGUUAUUUGGAACCAGAAAAAUCAAAUUCUUUCAAGAAUUAUUGAAUGUAUUAAGGCAAAAGCUUUCAUGCAGUUUUAAUUUUUAGCGUCAUUUAAAUAUACUAGUUCUGUUUGGAUGUUGAAUUAAUCUAGAAUGAUUGAAGAGAAAUAUCAUUAGCACUAUAUCAGUUUAAUAACCUAAUGAUUAGUCAGAUUAAUAAAAGACUAUUAAUAAUAUAUAAACAUUUCUUUGAAUUAUUUUAAUAGUUAUUAAUAGUUAUUUUACAACCAGGAGUAAUGGUAUAAUUAUGUAACACUAACUGAUAAAUGAACAAAAAUGAAAACUGAUGUGAAGUUCAUGCAAAUAGCAAUAAAACAAUUUAAAGAC